AUGUAUUCCCUUCGUCGCUCACUUUCGUUGAGGUGUGUGAAGGCCUGGCCAACUUGGACAGAAAGCUCUCUAUCAAGUAAGGCCAGUCAGCCUACUACUAAAGCUACUACCGCUACCACUACUCCGACUACUAGUGUUGCUACCCGCUCUGAUACUACUAAAGGCACAAAUGACUCUAAGACCACCUCUACAACCAAAUACCCUUUUCGACAGACAGCACAACGACAAGAAGGGUUCUCAUAUAAGCAGCCGACUCGCUCAACGGCACGUCUUGCUACCCAACUUCCACCAGCUCUGGCACUUACUGAGAAGUCAACUGCGUCGAAUCCUCUGGGACACUUCUGUACCCGAGGAAUUCUGCUAGGAGUUGAACCAGAUCCAGUUGCUGAGAAUGAGGGAUCGCUUCCUACUUUGGAAUUGCAGGCUUUUAAUGGCGACACAGUGCAGCUCACUGAGUCAGUCGGUCUCACCAUCAACUUCGGUCACCAACAUAUUGACAUACAAGCUUAUGCCUACAUUGCCUACCGUCUUGAGGACUAUACCCUGCCCCAACUCGACUUUAUAGUGGACUAUGAGGAUACUCCCUACCAAAGUAGGUAUGAUUAUGGUAUACCUAAAAAUUUGCGUCGUGGUUUGGAAAAAACUAUCGAGAUAGCUAUCGCCUCAGACCAACUGGUUGAGGUUCCCUACUCUAGUGAUAUAUCCAUCAGCCCAGCUUUUGGCAAGGCCAAAGAUUGCUAUGUGAUCUACGAGUGA